CCUUCUUUACGCCCUCACCCAGCCGCAUCACUCACUUUUAUCGCCGCUUCCUUCUACGCCCGGUACCGAAGUUAUUUGCAGCGAUCAAAGAUGCCCAAGUCGAAGCGUGAUAGACCAGUUACUUUAUCAAAAACCAAGAAGAAAGGAAGGGAACAUAAGAAAUCAAUGGUGGAUCUAAUCAGGCAGGCUGUGGAAAAUUACAACUCAAUUUAUGUUUUCACUGUUGAGAACAUGAGAAACCUCAAGUUCAAGGAACUCAGGGAGCAACUAAAGUCGUCUAGCAGAUUGUUUUUUGGAGCAAACAAAGUCAUGCAGGUUUCUCUUGGUCGAACUGCUUCCGAUGAGAUUCAACCAGGCCUAUACAAGGUUUCUAAGCUUCUGCAUGGCAAUACUGGACUUUGUUUCACAAACUUACCGAAAGAAGAGGUUGAGAGAUUAUUUAACGAGUAUGUGGAUUAUGAUUAUGCAAGGACUGGAAGUGAAGCCACAGAAAAGGUUGAGCUUAAGGAAGGUCCUCUGGAGCAGUUCAGCCAUGAAAUGGAGCCUUCUCUACGGAAGCUAGGAUUGCCCGUUCGCUUGAACAAGGGUGUGGUGGAGCUUGUAUCGGACUUUACUGUAUGUGAGGAGGGCAAGUCUCUUUCACCAGAGUCAGCUGGCAUACUGCGUGCCUUGGGGAUAAGGAUGGCAACUUUUCGCCUGAAUUUGGUAUGCCGGUGGAGUCCUGGUGAGUUCGAACUUUACAUUGAUGGACCAGAUAAUUCUGACAUUGAAACUGCCUAGAAGAACCCCCAACACAAUAUUUUCCGAUUAGAAUUAUAUAUAUAUGGGAUGGAUGGAUGAAUGAAUGCAUGAAUGAAUGACACUCUCCCCCUAGGAUUAGAUGCUAUAAUUUGAAUGGGAUCGGACUUCUCUCUUUUUUGUAUUUUUUUUCUUCUUUCUUUUGUGUAAAUUAUUCAACAAAUUUUGAAGGGUAUGUGCCCAAAUCUUGUUUUGUUGUCUCUAGUGAGGAUGAACGGAUGUUACUGUGACUGGUUGGUAGAUUUUGAUUUGUAUUAUUGUCAGAUCGUUGGUCUUUAAAUU